AAUUUCCUCAUUCCAACCCCCUCCCAUAUACUUUCUCUCUCUAAAAUCCACUCUCUUUCUCUCUCUACAAAAUUUUCAUACCCAACUUAACGGCAUAUUCUCUCUCUCUCUCUCUCUCUGUUCUUCCUCCCACUUUUCUCGGAAAAUCCGUCACUGCAAACCCAAAAGCUCCAUCGGAAUUAUUUAUUUUCCCGGGAACCAAACAGCCCCCAGAGAAAAAUUUCAAUUCGGAUUAAGGGUUGCUUUUCUCAAAUUUUCUUUUCUGGGUUGGUGGGUCGGUGGGUAGGAACUGAUUCAGAGGAAUGGUGGUGAAGAUGAUGAGGUGGCGGCCGUGGCCGCCUCUGACGACGAAGAAGUACGAGGUGAGGCUGGUGGUACGGCGGUUGGAGGGCUGGGAUCUAGUGCGGGAGGGUGCAGGCGGGGCCGGUCCACAGGACCAUGAGAAAGAGGACAAGUGGACGGCGGAGAUUAGGUGGAAGGGAUCCAAGGUCAAGGUUGGGGCUUUGAGCUCUCUCCGGCGCGCCGUCGUCAAGAGGAACUUUACCAGAGAGGUCGAGGCUUCGUCCCAGGACGGCGUCGUUUCCUGGGACGAGGAGUUUCACAGCGUUUGCUCUCUCUCGGCUUACAAGGACAAUGUAUUUCACCCUUGGGAGAUCGUAUUUACCGUCUUCAACGGUUUGAAUCAAGGUGCCAAAAGUAAGGCUCCUGCUGUUGGAAUGGCAUCAGUGAACCUUGCUGAUUUUGUUUCGGAAGCUGAACAGAAGGAGCUUGAGUUACACAUCCCCUUCACCUCAUCUGGUCCUGCUGCUGAACUUUGUAUAUCACUCAGCUUAUUGGAUCUGGGAACUACUCAGGAAAUUACAGAGCCAGUGGAGAGAUCAAUUGUGCCUGUUCAAUCACCUCCCCAUUCAGCGGAAACUGUAUCGCCAGAAAAAGACGAGCUUUCUGCUCUGAAAGCUGGACUUAGAAAAGUAAAAAUUUUCACAGAAUAUGUGUCUGCCAGAAAAGCAAAAAAGCCCUGCCGUGAGGAGGAUGGCAGUGAGGGCAGGUGUUCUGCUAGGAGUGAGGAUGGUGAUUAUAAUUAUCCUUUUGACUCUGAGUCACUUGAUGAGUUUGAGGAAGGUGAAUCAGAAGAGGUCAAAGAGGAUUCCAGUGUUAGGAAGUCAUUCAGUUAUGGCACGCUGGCUCAUGCAAAUUAUGCUGGAGGAUCAAUUUACUCCAAUAUGAGAAUCAACGAUGAAGGUGAGGACUGGGUUUACUACAGCAAUCGCAAAUCAGAUGUGGGAUGCUCACAUACUGAGGAGUCCACUGCACCAGUCUCUGACCCGCCUGCAAGUUCAAAACGAGGCUUACUAUCUUGGAGGAAGAGAAAGCUGAGCUUCAUCCGGUCUCCUAAAGCCAAAGGAGAACCUUUGUUAAAGAAGGCCUAUGGUGAAGAAGGUGGUGAUGACAUUGAUUUUGAUCGUCGGCAGCUUAGCUCUGAUGAAAUUCUAUCUCUCGGGUGGAAUAAGACAGAGGAGGAUUCAUCUGCUAAUCGGUCGUCAGUGUCUGAAUUUGGGGAUGAUAAUUUUGCCAUCGGCAGUUGGGAGCACAAGGAAGUGACAAACCGCGAUGGACACAUGAAGCUUCACACCCAGAUCUUUUCUGCUUCUAUUGAUCAACGGAGUGAGCGAGCAGCGGGCGAGGGUGCUUGUACAGCUCUGGUUGCAGUGAUUGCUGAUUGGUUUCAGAAUAACCAAGAGCUCAUGCCCAUAAAAUCCCAGUUUGACAGUUUGAUUCGAGAAGGCUCAUUAGAGUGGAGGAAUCUCUGCGAAAAUGAGACCUACAGGGAGCGAUUCCCUGACAAGCACUUUGAUCUUGAAACAGUCCUUCAAGCCAAAAUACGUCCUCUUUCUGUAGUUCCUGGGAAAUCUUUCAUUGGGUUUUUCCAUCCUGAGGUUGUGGACGAGGGACGAUUUGACUUUUUACAUGGUGCAAUGUCCUUUGAUAACAUUUGGGAUGAGAUUAGCCGUGCUGGAUCAGAAUGUGUUAGCAAUGGCGAACCUCAAAUUUACAUCGUCAGCUGGAAUGACCAUUUCUUCAUUCUCAAGGUUGAAGCUGAAGCUUGCUACAUCAUCGACACAUUAGGGGAGAGGCUCUAUGAAGGGUGCAACCAGGCCUAUAUCUUAAAAUUCGACAGCAACACGAUAAUUUACAAAAUGAAAAAUGUUGAACAAUCAUCUGAUGAUAAACCGACAACCAGUGAUCAACCAAUUGUGGCGGCAGAAGCAGGCGAAUCUAGAAACCAGCGGGUCAAUGCAAAGGAAGAAGAAUCUACAGUAGAAGCAGGAAUAACCAAGUCAGAGGAGCCGAAGGAGGAAGUGGAGGUGGUCUGUCAAGGGAAGGAGUCCUGCAAAGAGUACAUAAAGAGCUUCUUGGCUGCAAUUCCAAUAAGGGAGUUGCAGGCGGAUCUCAAGAAAGGACUAAUGUCGUCCACGCCUCUUCAUCAACGGUUACAGAUUGAGUUCCACUACACCCAGUUACUAAAACUGCCUCCGGCUGCUCCAGCAGUAGAAAUGACCGCAGAUGCUUCACAAAGUCCCGAACUUUCAACAACAGAGGUUGCGGCAUAGGAGAAACGUAAAUUGUAGGAAGUGUGAUUACUAACUGUAUUUUCGCUUAUUUUAAUCGUUUUUCUUUCAACUGAGUGUGCUUAAUUGGAAGUGGAUUAACCGAUAGGAGACCGCUUAAGCGUUUUGAGGAUCAUGGGAGAGGUAACUGCUGUGUGUUUCUAAGUUAGGCUGGAAAAUGAAAGCGUAAGUUUCUUCUGUUUGAGGUUAUGUUUGUUAUGUUAUGUUAUCUUAAUUGCCUAAUCUCACUGGGAAAUGAGUAAUUCUGUAACAUGACCCUGUAAUUUCCCUUUCAGUUGACGGAGCUCUGACUUUUUUUUACUGAUGUUAUCCAAAUUUUACUUUUUAUGGCUUUUAA